AUGGACGAGUACGUGAAGGAAAUGGUUCCUUCUAAGUUCGUAGACGCGCGAAGUGGAGAAAUAGUGAUCGAUCAGUUGAUCAACAACAUAGUUUCGAGUGGGACGUAUGAUGACGACUUUGUGCGGCGAGCGGUAUUAGUCCUCAUUGGCACAAUAAUAGCACCACACUCCACCAGACAUGUUCCACAUUUUCUUUACCAGUUGGUGGAGGACGUCGAAGCCAUAAAAUCAUAUAACUGGAAUGCGUUCACGUUACGCGUCUACAUUGAAGGAAUCACAAAGACUGUUAAAGAUGUUAAAAAAUUCAAGUGGCCUGUUGGAAAUCUGGCGCUCAUCCAGGUAUACCGAACAAUAAUGCUUUUGAUGUUUUUGCAGUACAUGUACUGGGAGAAGGUGCAACCAACUUCAGUAGAAACAUUCGAUCCUUUGUUGUCGGAGUACCCAUUGAUGGUAAAUUGGUCCGAAAUGGAGGCUAAGAAGCGUGACAUAUAUGACAACGAGAACGACCGUGGUCAUGGCACGAUUGAUGAUUUAAUAAGCGAACAAUAUAGACAUGCCAGAAUAGCAAAAGAAGCAAUAAUCGAAGAGGAAGAUACCGAGCCACCUUCACCUAAAGGUGGAGGCAGAACUAGAAAAGGUUGUAAGCCCACAGCUUCAUCGAGCAGAGGCGGUACGAAAGAACACUUCAUGAAAUGCAUAAGAGAUAUGCAGAAAGAGAUACGUCUAAUUCCUGAGAAAUGUGCUGAGAUAUUGCUCAACAAGCUAAGUAAGAAGGGUUUGCUGGUGAAGCGAAGUUGGGACUUCCGUGAUGACCGCGCUUUUGAGGACGAAAGUGAUGAGUUGGUGAGAAAGUACAAGCCAAAGUAUCAUACGGAAGUUACUUCAUCUCCUUUGGAAGAACGCGAGGAGGAGGAGAUGGAUGCAUCCUUCACGGGUCCAAAUGGUACGAACUUUCCCAAUGACGAAGGCAUGCCCAGUACACCCGGUAAAGGUGUUGAAAACGACCCCUUUAUUAUUGAGGAUAAUGGUUCACCCAAGGAAGCAUCACCAUCAUUAGGCACGAAUGAUUUUCCUUCUCUUACUAGAAACCCACAGAAAGAAAAUGCAGUAUCAGUCGGGUCUAGUGCUGAAAAUUCAGCGGAAGGUACUUACCCUAGUCCGGCAACAAUCUGUAAGGACGCGAUUAAUAAUGGGACUGAGGAGCAUGAUGGGAAGCGGAAACGCCAACAGUCAAAGUAUUGUCGGUCCCCCUUUAUUAUUGAGGACGGUCCACGCAAACGUGUGAAAAAAAGUCUGUUUCGUAUACGUGAUGUUCUCCUUAGUACGGACUUUAUGGAUGAGAAUCACAUAGAGGGGGCGAGGGUUUAUAUCGACACGCUAGCAGACUCGCCGAAGCAUUGUAAGCAGACUGUGGUCCACAUGACGGGAAUAGGUGGGGAAACGUGUACGGCGGAAAUGCUUCAAGCUAUCACUUCGGGCGACUGGUUGAAUGGCGCUGUCAUCAAUUGUUAUUCGAACCACUUGCUGACUACUACUCCUAUGGCUGAUCGGCAUGUUCUAACAUCAUGGGUGUCAUACUGCCUCAUACAGCACGCUAAAGGAAAGCUGAAAAACUCGAACAUGAACUACAUGGAAUUUUUCACGAAAGAAUCAAAAACUGUGUCAAAAGUAAUUGACGAGUACUUCGCAAAAGAUAAGGCAUUUUCCCCUCCGAAUGUGAACAAGAAUCAUUGGAUAACCAUUGUCAUGCACACGAAGAAGAAAGAGUUUCAAGUUCUAAAUUCUACUGGUAAAAUAAGCAAGGCAGUUCAUGCGAAGAUUGCUUUGAUGGUAACUUAA